UACUGCCGGGAAUAACCGGAUUAUUAAAAUUUGAGGAGGGAUCGAGAGAAUUCGGUGUCAUACAAGGUUUAGGGAUUAAGUUACGCGUGUUUCACUCCUCCGGUCGCCGUUAUGGGGAUAGACCGACGCCGGAGAGCAUCUAUGGCUCUCACCUUGAACUUCCUGGCUUUGUUCCUGGCGGUGUCGGCUCUCACCACCAGCUACUGGUGCGAAGGGACGCGCAAAGUGGUGAAGCCGUUCUGCACCGGCCCGUUCACCGCCACCAGGCAGUCGUUCUGCAUCAGGUUCAACAGCUCCAACCUCAACGACACCAGGCUGGUGCAGUACAUCUGGGAGACCGGGGAGGAUAAAUACGUGAUGAGGAAGUUUCACACCGGGAUCUGGUUCUCCUGCGAGCAGAACAUUAACAUGACAGGUGAAAACUGCAGAAGUUUCCUUAAUGUCGCACCUUCAAAUGAAAGAGGAGUGCUGUGGCUGUGCAUUGUUGCUGAGUGCCUAUACAUCCUCCUGUUGGCCACCGGAGGCCUCCUCAUGUCCAUAGAGGUGUGUCACUUGGGCAAUGUCAUCGACGGCCUCAAGCUCAACGCCUUCGCUGCCAUAUUCACUGUGCUCUCAGGUCUGCUGGGCAUGGUGGCCCACAUGAUGUUCACCACAGCCUUCCAGCUGACUGUCAGCCUGGGCCCAGAGGACUGGAAGCCUCAGACCUGGGACUACAGCUGGUCCUACAUUUUGGCAUGGAGCUCCUUCACAGCCUGCAUGGCGUCCUCCGUCACCACCAUCAACCGCUACACCAAAACCAUCCUGGAGUUCAAGCACAAGCGCAGGAACAUCGAGAAGAACCUGAAGAUCAAGCAGAAGCUGCUGGAGCUGGACUCCCCGGAGCAGGUGUGGGACAUGUACAUCAGCUCUGUGCCGAGCAAUGCCGACGAGCUGCUGGAUCUGUCGUCUAACGUCCGCAAACUCUCCAACACCUCCCUCUUCCUGGACCUCAACGACCUGCCCGACCCGCAGCACGAGGAGUACUGCUGAGGAGAGCAGGUGGCAGCUGAUACAUCAGCAGGUCAUUGGCUGCUCAGUGUGGAACAAUAAUAUAAUUACCGUAAACAGCAUGAGACCGAGGUGCUUGGUUACCCACAAAGUUCCAAUCGUCAAACGGAUAAGAGACGCUGUAAAGUUAUCGAGGGCUUGUUAGCAAACGGUUUCAAAAUCUAGCAGAUAGGUAGCAACACCUUUCAUUUGGAGUUCUGUUUCUGGCCAAAUGUAAAACUCAAACAUCUAAUCUAACUAAUAAUGAUUACUGUGUCUUAAGCUUCCUACAUGUCUACCUAUGUUCACUAAGCAUUUUAGUACAUUUGUGUUACAAGUUGAACUUUACAUUUUGUUGGAAAUUAGACAUGGAAAAUAUUCUCCAAGCUCAAAUGUAGUAAAAAAUGGCCUCCAAUAUUCUAUGGUCCUUA